AUGGCUUCCGUUACGUCUGAAGAUGUUCUCCUUAUCAUUGUAGCCGUCCUCCUUCCACCAAUAGCGGUCAUGUUGAUGAAGCGGCCCCUGGCGGAUAUCCUCAUAAACAUCAUCCUGACUCUCUUCUUCUGGAUCGGAGGAGUAAUUCAUGCAUUGUACUUGGUCUUGAUGUUAUCGGAAGUCACCAAGCAAUUCUGUCCCAAGCAUGAUGCAGAAGCUGCAUACACCAUAAGAGGGCGACGUCGACUCAGAAGUGAUGUGCAGCAGCUGUACAGCGAAACCAUGCACGAGACAAUUGGCGCUGCGUUUCAUAUGCUCUUUGUUUGGCUAGUAUGUUUGGGCGCGUAA